CACCAUUAUACUAACCCCGAUUCACGCUUCAUUCAUAAACAUUUCCUCUCUCUCUUUCUCUCCCUGCCUUUUCUGCUUUCUGAGAUUUCAUUUCAUUUUCGAUUCUCGCAUUAGAGAUAUUUACAGGCAGGGAGAUUUUAAUAAGCGUUUGCAAAGAUGAUUGAGGAAUUGAUUACCAGGACUUUGAUCUUGGUGUUUGGAUAUGCAUAUCCUGCAUUCCAAUGUUUCAAAACAUUGGAGAAAAACAAAAUUACGGUUCCAGAACUUAGGUUCUGGUGCCAAUAUUGGGUAAUUGUGGCGCUAAUAUCAAUUCUGGAGAGGGUUCUUGAUAUAUUUAUUUCAUGGAUCCCUUUCUACCGAGGAAUAAAGUUACUAUUGUACAUUUACUUGUGGCAUCCCGGCACUAAGGGAACCACAUACAUGUACGACAAGGCGGUGCAACCUUACGUUUCGAAGCACGAAGCGACAAUAGAUUGGGGUAUAGCAGAAUUGAAGCAAAGAUCCUGGGAUUUGGUAGUUCAUUAUUGGUACAAAAGCGUAGACAUGAGCUCAAAAAACUUUAUACAAUGUCUUCAGUUAUUGAUGACUCAAGUCAUGAACGCUGCAUUAUCGAGACCUCAAUCACAGGAGGGUCAAUCCAAAGACGAUUCGGCGUCGGCAGCGCAGGCGAACAUGCCACCUGGAAUCUUCAAGCGAAACGUUUCCGAGAAGCCGAUGCCGCCGGGAACUGCCGGCAGCCCAACCCCUAAAUCGGACUUUAUAAAGGGUCAGGUUGAGGCGCGUCAACAACAAUUGAAGAGUAAAUAAAUCAAUUCAAUAUAGAUUAGGAGAUUUUGUUUUUAGAUUUUUGUAUUUUUAAUUCAUUUUAUAUUCCAAAUUUUGAAAAAAAUUGGAAAUUGUACAUUU